CUUCAGGCUGCAGCGGUCUUUCAGAGAACAUCCACCGGGUUGUUACCGUUAACAGCAGCGUUAUUACUAUUUAAACUCACGGAAACUGUCAAGUUUCUGCGUUGUAACUGGCUUUCAAGAAAGUUUAUGCCUGACGCUGAUGGUUAAUUCGUGUCCAGCAGCUCACGGAGCAGGCUAGUGUGCGGCUGCUGCUAGCUAGCUAGGCUGCUAGUGUCGUCGCGGUAAGAGUCAUCGUUAGUGAACGCUGUGAUCGUUACAAAUAACAAUCCGUUAUCUGUCAUAAUAAGCUAAACUUUGAUAAAAAGACCAGAAUGAAUGUCCCGAAAAGUGGUUACCGCGUGUUUUCUGCAAACUCCUCCGCAGCAUGCACAGAACUGGCCAAGAAGAUAACAGAGCGACUGGGAGUUGAAUUGGGAAAAUCUGUAGUUUUUCAAGAAUCUAACAGAGAAACAAGAGUGGAUGUAAAGGAGUCGGUUCGGGGACAGACUAUCUUCAUCAUCCAGACUAUACCAAGAGAUGUCAACACAGCCAUCAUGGAGCUGCUCGUUAUGGCCUACGCCCUCAAGACAUCCUGUGCCAAGAACAUCAUCGGAGUCAUCCCGUACUUUCCCUACAGCAAGCAGUGCAAGAUGAGAAAGAGGGGCUCCAUCGUGUGCAAGCUGUUAGCCUCAAUGUUAGCAAAAGCAGGCUUAACGCACAUCAUCACCAUGGACUUGCAUCAGAAGGAGAUCCAGGGCUUCUUCAGCUUCCCAGUGGAUAACCUGCGAGCCUCCCCGUUUUUGAUCCAGUACAUCCAAGAAGAGAUUCCUGAUUAUAGAAAUGCAAUAAUUGUGGCAAAGUCACCUGCUGCUGCCAAAAGGGCUCAGUCGUAUGCAGAAAGGCUCCGUCUGGGACUGGCUGUCAUUCACGGCGAGGCUCAGUGUUCAGAGUCCGACAUGGCCGACGGAAGACACUCCCCGCCGUGUGUACGCAACACCACCGGACACACCGGGCUGGAGCUACCCCCAGGCAAACAACAAGCUCCGUUCCCCGGCAUAGAGCUUCCAAUAAUGAUGGCCAAGGAGAAGCCUCCCAUUACUGUUGUUGGAGACGUGGGUGGAAGAAUUGCCAUCAUAGUGGAUGACAUUAUAGAUGAUGUAGGAGAUUUUGUGGCAGCUGCAGAAAUCCUGAAAGAGAGAGGCGCCUAUAAGAUCUACAUUAUGGCCACACAUGGUCUGUUGUCCGCUGACGCACCGCGGCUCAUUGAGGAGUCCGCCAUUGACGAGGUGGUGGUGACCAACACGGUGCCUCACGAAGUCCAGAAGCUCCAGUGUCCGAAAAUCAAGACCGUGGACGUCAGCAUGAUCCUGGCCGAGGCCAUCCGCCGGAUCCACAACGGCGAGUCCAUGGCUUACCUGUUCCGCAACAUCACAGUGGACGACUAGACGGCGCCAGAGCGCCGCCUCGGCUCGCAGUGUCUUCUUCAUGUCAUGUUUAAUGUAGAGUGGAUGUGAGAAUUAUAUGUAUCCCGAUUUAAUUUAAUAAGAUCUAAAUAUCUGUAAAUUAAACAGUGCUAUUUAUCCUCGAACAAAAGAUGUUAACGCGUAGGUCUUGUGUGGAGAUGGAAAAUGACAAGAGGUUUCGACUCAUUCCUCGUCUUGCCGCUCCGACUCUUAAAUGAACAAAAUAUGCUGCAGUACCUCGAACCUCACGGCCGAACUUAAUCUGCAAAAAAGGAGAUAUAUAACGAGUUUGGUUCGUGCUUUACCCGAAACUCUAUUCAGAGCUGCUCGGGCAUUGUGAUUCCUUUCUGUGCAUGUGAAGAGGCACGUUGCUUCAAAAACUCCAGUUUCUCAGCAACUCCCUUUUUUUUUUUCUUUCUUUUUUUUUUUUUUUUCACCUUUUAUAGGAAUGUCAAAUGUUCCAUUUGAAUUCAGAAGUUCAGUAUCCGCACAAACACGUUUUAUAUUGUAUUUAUUAAGCAAUCAGUUUGUCUAAUAUGUUCCUCAGUAGAGACUUCCUAAAACUUGGGUCUGAAAUUGAGUUGUUUACAUCAUAAUAUACUUGUUUUUGUUUUAUUUUUUUUCUAGCUCCACUGUGCAGACCAACGUCUGUGGAAGUAGAAAAUAUUCUUUUAUGGAAAGUGUUAAAAUAAGUAGCGUGCAGCUGCUUCAGGUCACAGGCAGGCUGUUUCCUGUACGUAUAGGAUAGAUGGUUACUCUGUUACCUUAACACAACAUAGUAAUGCAAAAAUUUAGAGUUCUGUUUGACUCUCUGCAGGUUUUAGCCAGUUUACGUCCAAUUAAAAAGCAACCAGCUUGAGUUUCUCAUCCCAGUAUUGAUCCAUGCUUUCAGAGCUUUUGGCCGUUUUCUGGACUACUUAUAGUAAAUUAUCAAACCUGUGGAGGCAGUAGAACGGGUUGACAUCGAUCUCCAGGUGGCUUUAGUGUCCUGCUAUAGGAACUGGUAGAAUCCAUUCAUUCGCACCUUUUUGUUGAUCGAAGGAAAACCUAAUUUUUUUGUUCUCUUUUUUUUUUUUGUUUGUUUGUUUGUUUGAGCUUUCUGCUCAGGGAAGUAUACUUUCAGCCAAUGCACAAUUAUUUGCCUGUUUCUUAGGAAGAGGUUGUUUAUGUUGCACAUUAAUGGAAACGAGGAUGUGAAUGUCUUCCGUCCAGUUCAGCCACAGAUGUCAGGUUUUCACCGGGGAGCUGAAGACGGGCACAGUGGUGUCAAAUGGGAACCCGGCAGGAUAUAAAUGCUGUUGCUUUUAGCUGAAAUUGUCGCGUUUCAUGGAUGUCUUGGAUGUGUUGAGUGCUCUCUCGUUGCCGUCACCCCCGCUGUCUUGCUCCUCUGCGUCUGUAACUGUGUAUGAAAAUAAAACGGUCGCCUCCUUUUGUGCUUCGGCUCUGCCAAACGUGACGAUAUGCGUGAAUGACUUUGUGUUUAUGCAAUUUGUGCUCCUUUAAUGUCAGAUUUAUUAGUUUUAGACUGCAAUAAAAACCAUAUUC